AUUAUAUUUAUAAUUGUAUCGCGAACAUUAUUGAAAACGAAAAAGCAGAAAAAGAUCAAAUUGUCUUGAGUUUCAAGAUUGUAGUUCAACUUGAAGAUGAAUCAAUAAUUGAAAAAUGUUUGCAUGAUAUUGCAGACUCAGUUGUUGCAGAAAUAGAAG